CUGCAUGCGCUUUAAUCUUGCAUCACAUCAAUAUUUCACAUCCAUCGCACACUGUCGAAAAAAAAAAUGGCGAAGAGCAUUGCGAUCAUCGACUUUGAUUGCUUUCGUUUAGAUACAGAAGUAACUGACCAGAAGAAAUUCGAAAAGCUUGUUGAUGAAGUCCAUGAUGCGUUGACAAAGGUGGGGUUUAUGUACCUCAUAAACCAUGGAAUUCCAACAGAAAAGAUACGUGACACAUUCACAGCAUCCAAGAAAUUCUUUGAGCUGUCAGAGAAAACUAAGCUGAACUACAUUGGCCAAAAUGACAGCAAAUUCUCUAUUCAUGGUUUUGAAGAGACAGAAAAAGAACAGUGCUGUCCAGAAAGAGAACGGGAUCUCAAGCAGUGUUUUAACUACACAGUCAAAGCAGCAACAGAGGAUGUAUGUUCUACUUCUUCUCCCUAUAUGUGGCCCGAUGAGACGAUACCUGAGUUCCGACAGUCGAUGGAAGAGCUUUAUAGAUGGUGUACAAAGCUAAACCACAGGAUACUUGAUGUUAUUGGGCAUUGCCUCAAAUUACCGGAUCCUCAUUACUUCAAGAAUUUACACAGAGGUCUUGGGACAAAAGCUAAUUGUACUAUUUUAAGGUCGCUGUACUAUCCUCCACCCGAGUUUGAGAAGGUCAAAGAGAAUCAGAUCAGGUGUGGAGAGCAUACAGACUACGGUGGAAUCACGUUACUCUUCCAAGACAAGCAAGGAGGUCUUGAGGUUCAAGAUGUUGAAGGUGAUUGGAUAUCAGCCAAGCCGGUAGAAGAUGCAGUCAUCGUCAAUCUUGGGGAUCUUAUGCAAAUGUGGACAGCAGACAAACUCAUCGCUUCAGUACAUCGGGUUAUCAUGCCUAAGACUGCUGAACCCAGACAAUCCAUCGUCUUCUUUGGUCAUCCGGAUGAUGACGCGAUCAUUGAAUGCAUCGACGGAAGCAAUAAGUACCCUCCAGUAAAUAGCUUGGAGUACCUUGAGAAGAGACUAUAUGCGACGUACUAGACAAGAACUAUUUCUACAUGUAUAUCAGAUUGUUUUUAUCGGCAAUAUUAUAUUAGAUAACUUGUUUUUAAAUCGUAAUUUGAAAUGGAGAUGAUUGGAUGAAAUGUAUUUACAUCAAGAGAAUGUUGUGAUAUUUCGGGCCCGGUCUUACAAAGAGUUACAUUUGAUCCAAUCAAUCUCAACUGCAUGGAAAUCCAUCCAUGCCAUAAUUUUUUUCUACAGGAAAUUUGCACGAUCUCCUUAGCAAACAAAGAGAAUCGCGCUGAAUCUUCAAGAGAACAAUGUAUGUAUGGACAUACAUCAUAUCUAGAAAAUACUUUAACAAAUCUGCAUUUUUGAUGUUGACAUUGCUGGCUGUCCAUAGUUAAGAUUGAUUGGAUCAAUCGCAUCUCUUUGUAAGUCGGGUGCCUCUGGAUGAAUGUAAUUACUCAAUGUAUCAUUGGUUACUGAUAACAAAGAUACUACAAAGGGAAGAUCAGACGGUACAUAGACCGCAUUAUGAAACGCUCGGGAAGAGCGCCCUACAGCGUUGAGUAAGUAACAAACUUUUUCUACCUUUGCGUAUCGCGAGAUGGUUGUGUACAAAACAUAUGAGAGAAAUGGUGAAGGGUUGAAGGAAUAGACGAUUUUUAUAUUUAGAUUUUUUUUUUCUUCAAUUUUCCCCCUUUAAUUUGAGAUGAAUAUAUUUUCGAGGUUUCUUGGUAAUAAAACGUGGAAUUAUUCCCAUGCGCCACCCUUAAGCCCUCUCCAAACUCCCCUCACUCAUUUUCCCCAUAUGUUUUAUACACAGUCGCAUGCCGAUAUGCGAAGGUUUACCUACUCAACGCUGUUGGGCGCCCUUUCCCCAUAAGCAUUUAUCGAGCAUUUCAAAUAAUCGUCAGUGUCCGGUCUUUCCCUUGUAGUAUCUUUGUUGAUAAUCAAAAGAAAACUGCUGAAUUUUGUGAAUUUUUUUCAAAACGGGCUCAUCAAUGCACUUGUUUUGUUUAAGUCCUAACAUAGCACUUCAUCCUCAGGCAAGAGCUUAACCUGCCUUGCUUCUCAUCACUCUGUGGACGAGAUGACCAAUAGCUGAAAACGUCCACCAGGAGUGGGGAAGGCACAUGAUUUAUUUAAGAGUGAUAUUUCGUAUAUUAUCGGAAUUUUUCCUCACACAUUGGCAAAUUUUUAAGCAUAUAUCCAACUUGAUUGCAAAAGAAAUGUCUUGAACUGAUUAAUUAUGAAUGGGGGACUUAUUUUUACCUAUGUUAGCAUACAAUAAACCCAACCCAUUCCCUGCGCAGAAAAUUUUAGAGUAUCAUUAUUUUUUGCAAAAGUACUUUUUUUUUAACUCAAUUUAAUUUGUAAGAUUUUUUUUGGUCCAUUUAUCAAGGGGCAAAAAUUGUUGUUUUACUAUCAGUUAUUUCAUGUGAGAUAUAAAGAAAUAAAGCAUAUUUUAGGUUGCCUUUAUCAUGCAAGUGACAUGCUAUACAUAGUACAAAAAUGUUUAGGCUGCAAAAAAUGAAAAAAUUAAUAGUUUCUUGUAGCCUGCCAAAAGCAUAAGUUAACUUCAAGACUGUAUUAAAUAAAAACAUAAAUAUUACUAACUGAAAUAAUGCUUUAGUGUUACAUAUAUGUGUAAAUAUGACUUGUAUCCUUUUCUAAACAUAUUAAGAUGAAUAGAUAAAAUGAAGGAGUACUUCUUUACAUUACCAUCUCUUAAAAAAAAAAUAAGAUGGUAUCUUUGAAGAAAAAGAUAAAAAAGAGUAGCACAGGUAUCUAUGAAUUGGUUGAAAAUUAGACUUUUGUACAUUUUUUGAAACCAGAUUGAUUAAAAAUGUACGGUUCGAUCCCUUUUAAUUUUUUUUGCCUUGUAAAUAUACAUUAGACAGUACUCGACCAUUUUUUGUUAACUCCUACAUUUGAUGUAUUUAUCAUGUAGAAUUAUGUAGGAGCCGUAUCCCAGGGGAGAGGGGGGUACCCCCCUCUCCCCAUGGUUAUGUUUAACCCUAUGUAGGCCGGGGUAUUUUGGGAGAUCAUAUGGCCGGUGGGGGGGGGGGGGCCUCCCAGGCAAAGAUAUGUAAUAAGGGAGAAAAAAUAUCUUAUUUAAUUGAUUUGGCACAUAAUUUUAUUUGUCCUGCCUCCCCACAAAGAAAUCCUUUCAACAUGCCCAGGUGCCGCUUCUACAAAAUAUAUUUGUAUGUGCAUGUGCCAUUGUGCGUUGACCAACUAUCAUAGACAAAGUUUUGUUUUUCCCUAUUGCCUGUACAAUAUUGGAUUCUAGAGGGCAGUAUUCUUCCUGAGCCCUUGAAGGGGAAUCCAGCCUUGGCCAUUAAAUGUUGUGUUGGGAAGGAGAAAAAUAAAUUAAACAGAAUGGUGAAAGUUUGAAAGAAAUCGGACAAGUAAUAAAAAAGUUAUAGCUGCUUUAAAAUUGAGAUCACUAAUACUAUGUAGAUUUCAAAUUGGCAACUGGAUAAGUAAAUUAUGACAAGGGGCAAGGCAUAGAGAUGUAUAUACAUCUCUAUGGGGCAAGGACAUUUUUCCCAUAGGCCAUGUACUUUAUUAUCAGGGAUUAGUGGUUUUCUCCUAAGUACCCAUUCCCCUGGGGCAGUAAUCUAAAUAUAACCUAGGUAGUAUAUUGUUUUAUGUCCUCAUGAAAGAAAAAUAUUAAUUUGAAAUAAAACUUUUGGGAAAAAUCACAUUUUCGCCAUAAUAUGAAUUGGAGUACAUGGAAGAGUAGUCCUUGCCUUACAUCACUAUGACAUCCCAUAUGCGGCCAAUUUGAAGUCUCCAUGGGUACAGUGAUUACCAAUAUUUACAACUUUGAAAAAUUCAUAACUUUCUUGUUGUUUGUCCAAUAUUGUUCAAACUUUCACCUAUCAACUUGUCUGAUUUUUCUUUUCCUUAUAAAAUCAAAUUUUUAUUUGGGUUAAUUGGAUUCCCCUUUAAAUAUGUGAUGCCUUUCAGAUCAAUGGGGCAGAAUUAUUUCUAGUUGCUAUUUGCAGUUACAUGAUAUAUAUAUAUAUAUUUGUUCAUCAAUCUCUUCUUACAACCUGGAGUGAGUUUAUAAACAAUGCACACAAGAUGAUAAUAAUCCUCAUAUUUUUAGUAUAUUUUUUUAUAUUUUGCUUAUUAUAUUGGAACAUCCUUUCCUGGUGUUUUACGGAUAUCAUAUUACCUAGGUCUUUUGAUUAUUGCUUGCCCUCAUAAUGAGAAAGCCUCUUUUAUUUCAGAAAUUAUUGAUAAUACCUGUGUUAGCUACAAUGUACAACCAUACAACCUGGGAUAAUGGUCACAUAUAUUUCUCUUUGAGCUGUAUCAUCAUCAUUAUACAUUUCAUGUACUGUUAAUGUGCUAUCAAUGUCUUUGAGUGCUAUUCUUGAUGUGCUAUUUCUUAUGCACUUUUUUGAUAGCUAGAUGAAAUGAUCAGUGCCAGCCACACAGAAACGUUGUUGGCUUAAUAACAGAGCGCUAACAGUAAGCCCAGUCACAUCUUUCAGAUUGUGAAGUCAAAACAUUUAUUUCAAUAUGUAAAUAAUGCAUUGUUGUAACAUUAGGCAUCGCUACUACAAUACUGGUUGUAACAGGGCCUCUGUUAGCGCAUUGUUAGCCCUAACAACGUUUCUGUCCUGUCAGUACUGAUAAUUACCGUUAGUUUCUUAUCCAAUGAGACUGAGUUUCUCUGUGCUUUUUUUAUGUAUAAAUAUUUUAUGUGUCUGCAGAUAAAUGGAAUUUUUUGUCUAUUUGAAACCUUCUCAGAUGACGGAUCUCACUCAGACUAUUCCGUCAUUCAGAUUUAUUCUGUGUAUACUAAAACAAUGUACUGUGUUGGAAGCUGCUUUAGCUCAUUUGUGUUACACUAAUAUUGCACAUGAUCAAAGAUUUGGAAGAGAAAUAAAAAUACAAAGUAAGUAUACCAUUUUCAAUGCGCUGUUGUUUUUUAAAGAAUAUCCUAUUAAUUCUAGUCGAAAAUUCAUCAUUUCACUCUCUGAAUUAGCAAUGAACUUCAGAAUUUUGGAUGGAUUUCAGAUGGAACACCCGUCAUUAAUAAUGGUAAUCUGUACUGAAAUUUAGUUUGUUUCGAUGUACUGUGAGACAUAACCAAAGACUUCUUCAGUGCAUGUUUUGUAUGGGUCAUAAUUGUUAGCAAAAUAUUCCCUAUUAUUCUAUGCAUGCUACUCUCCAAAGCUAUGUCAAUAAUAUAGCGAUUUUGUUCCAUUUAUAAGUAUUUUAUCUUUAUUAUUGAAUAUGCUAUGGUUUUGCUGUGCUGGUAUUUACAAAUUUGUUUUAAAUACAACUCAAAAAAACUUUACAUGUGCACUGUAUAAUUAUCGCUGAUUUAACCUCAAACCAUUACAUUGCAAAUCUAUGUUUUGAAUUUGUUCAUAUUCACUCAUACUCAUGAGCAAUAUAUACAUUUGUUUAUGUGCAAAAGCAUGUUCACUUUUUAAUCAGUGUCGGACUAACCUCUUACAUUUUGGUGGCCAAUCCAGUAAGGCUUUUGGUAUCACAAAAAAAAUUAGCUUUGAUAUAUAUUUAUAAAACAUCCCUUGUGUGCAAAAUGUUAUGUAGCACACAUUGAUUAAAUUAGACUCUGAAGACUGGUAAUGUACAUCUGCCAUUUAUCCAUAUCAACCCAUUCUAUAAAACAAAUAAUGUAUAGGUCAUGAUGUUAGUAGCGAUACAGUCAUCAUGGGUAGGUACAAUAUUUUGCUAAAGCAGUCCGCACUUGUACCUUGUACAAUCGCGGUAGAUACCCUAGAGUGCUAAUUAUCGUCACAACACACUUACAACCUGUGCAUUAUUUGUUUCAUUUAAAUCAUUGGCAAAUCUUUGAUUCGCACUCCAUUCUUUGUGAAACACCUGGGCUCGGUAACACAUAGAUUAGCGGUCAAUAGCUAAAUGGACUGACCAAUCAAGGUCAAUGUUACACGCACAUUUGGUUCAAAAUUCUGACCAGGAACCAAUCUGAAGUAUUCUUUCAUAUUUGCUAUUCAUCGCUAAGCUUUGUGUUUACGGGGCCCAGGACUGUGAGUUUUGUUUGUUGAUUGAUUUCUGUAUGGCCCUGUCAUAUCGUUCUGUGCAAGCCUUGCGUGCGACUUGCAGGUGACUAUUCUUGCUACCCGCAGGUUGGCCGCAUUGACAGUAUCUCACUUGCAGUUGCUUACAGGAGCCCACGGAAGCCUGAUUCGGGCGCAGACAAGUUUUGAACAUGUUCAAAACUCACGCAACUCACCCUUACUUUCGGGGAACGAUGUGGCACGGCCCUUUGCGAAAUGUUUCUCUUCUGUUAUAAUUAUAUUUCCUCAGAUUUUAUAUUAUUUGAUACAUAACGUUCUGGCAAUGUUGUAUUUAAAAUUGAUAAUGUCAUUUCAGAAUGAUGUGUAAAAUUAGAACAUUGUACUUGUGGUAUCAGUGGGCAAUGAUAAAAAGCACUUCAUUCAUCUUACAAAACAACUGUAAA